UCCACGCUGCUGGCGGCGCGCGUGGAACACUUUUCUGUCAUCCUUCCGGCCCCUUUAACCGCCAAACUUUCUAAACUACGCUUUCUGUGUUGUUUUUUUCGUCUUAUUGGGUCAGAACAGACAAAAUAGCACCUAGCUAACAUUUUUGACUCUUAAAGCUGCUCUUUUUUCUGUUUUUUGAGCAUCAUUUCCAUCUGGCGCGUUGCGUCGGCAAAGCUUCACGUGGGGACCUUUCUUUUAAACAGAGAACCGGUGGUUUGGUUAGCUUUGGCUCAUUAAAGGGAAAACAUGGCAACUAUGGCGACUUUGAUCCUGGAAGAUGGAGAAAGAUUUAGGGGCCGACUUUUCGGUGCAAAUGUGUCUAUUUCAGGGGAAGUAGUGUUCCAGACUGGCAUGGUGGGCUACCCUGAGGCUCUGACGGACCCCUCCUACCGCUGCCAGCUGCUGACGCUCACAUACCCUCUCAUUGGCAACUACGGAGUACCAAACGACAAUGAAGGAGAGUUUGGACUUAGCCAGUGGUUUGAAUCUUCCAAGAUUCACGCUGCAGCUCUGAUUAUUGGAGAGUUGUCGGAGAAUCCGAGUCACUGGAGUUCAGUGAAGUCCCUGGACCAGUGGCUCAAAGAGCAUGGCGUCCCAGGGUUACAAGGCAUCGACACUCGCUGUCUGACUAAGAAGAUCAGAGAGAAGGGAACCAUGUUGGGGAAACUGGUUGUAGAUGGGACUCCUGAGGACAGUGUUCCCUUUGAUAAUCCAGACCAGAGGAACCUUGUCCAGGAAGUGUCUAUGAAGGAACCAAGAGUUUUCAACCCAACUGGUAGUUUGCGAAUAACGGCUGUCGACUGUGGCAUCAAGUAUAAUCAGAUCCGCUGCCUUGCUCAGAGGGGAGCCUGUGUUACCGUUGUUCCUUGGGACCAUCCGCUGGAUGCUAACGAUUUUGAUGGUUUGUUCAUCAGUAACGGUCCCGGCGAUCCCCAGUUCUGUCAGGCCACCAUCAACAACGUGAGGAAGGUGGUUUCUGUGGAUCAGCCAAAGCCAGUUUUUGGGAUCUGCCUCGGACAUCAGCUGCUCUCUCUGGUCAUUGGAGCACAAACCUACAAGAUGAAGUACGGUAACCGUGGCCACAACCAGCCGUGCAUCCAUAACGGAACGGAUCGCUGCUUCAUCACCAGUCAGAACCACGGAUUCGCCGUCGACCCGCACACCCUGCCGAGCGACUGGGACGUUCUGUUCACCAACGCCAACGACCACACCAGCGAGGGCAUUGUGCACAACACCAAACCUUUGUUCAGCGUUCAGUUCCACCCUGAGCACAUGGCGGGCCCCACAGACCUGGUCGGCUUGUUUGAUGUUUUUCUCGACACGGUCAAGGACUACAAAGAGAGCAACAGGACGAAAACCGUAAAGCAGCGUUUGAUGGACCAUCUCACAUACCCCUUUUCUCCAAAGACAGAGGAGGUCGUCAGACCCAAGAAAGUCCUUAUUCUGGGCUCUGGAGGGCUCUCCAUUGGCCAAGCUGGAGAGUUUGACUACUCUGGAUCCCAGGCUAUAAAGGCUCUGAAGGAAGAAAACGUCCAGACUGUGUUGAUCAACCCCAAUAUUGCCACUGUCCAAACAUCCAAAGGUCUCGCUGAUAAGGUCUACUUUCUACCAAUUACUCCAGAUUAUGUCACUCAGGUGAUCAGAAAUGAGCGCCCAGACGGAGUUCUGCUGACGUUCGGCGGUCAGACGGCUCUGAACUGUGGCGUGGAGCUGACCAAGCUGGGCAUCUUGGAGAAGUACAAGGUGCGUGUCCUGGGAACGCCGGUCGCCUCCAUCGAGAUGACAGAGGACAGGAAGAUCUUUGUGGAGAAAAUGGAGGAGAUCAAUGAGCAUGUAGCUCCCAGCGAGGCGGCUCUUUCGGUGGAGCAGGCGGUUGCUGCUGCUGAGCGUCUAGGAUACCCCGUCCUGGUCCGUUCUGCGUUCGCUCUGGGCGGACUGGGCUCCGGUUUUGCCAACAACAGAGAGGAACUCGUCUCCCUGGUAACGUCAGCCUUCGCUCACACCUCUCAGGUCCUAGUAGACAAAUCCCUCAAAGGUUGGAAGGAGAUCGAAUACGAGGUGGUCCGAGACGCUUAUGACAACUGCAUCACCGUGUGCAACAUGGAGAACAUCGACCCUCUGGGCAUCCAUACAGGGGAGUCCAUCGUUGUGGCUCCCAGUCAGACACUAAAUGACUACGAGUACAACAUGCUGAGAAACACCGCCAUUAAGGUGAUCCGGCACCUCGGCAUUGUUGGAGAGUGUAACAUCCAGUAUGCUUUGAAUCCUGAAUCUGAUCAGUACUACAUCAUAGAAGUGAACGCUCGGCUGUCACGGAGCUCCGCUCUGGCCAGUAAAGCCACUGGAUACCCUUUGGCAUACGUGGCGGCUAAACUGGGCCUGGGAAUCCCGCUCCCACAACUUAAAAAUUCCGUCACCAACUCAACCACAGCAAACUUUGAGCCCAGUUUGGAUUACUGUGUGGUGAAGGUGCCUCGCUGGGAUCUCAGCAAGUUCCUGAGAGUUUCUACUAAGAUUGGCAGCUCAAUGAAGAGCGUUGGGGAGGUGAUGGCCAUCGGCCGCAGCUUUGAGGAGGCCUUUCAGAAAGCUCUCAGGAUGGUGGAUGAGAACUGCGUGGGCUUUGACCACACCAUCAAACCCGUCUCUGAGAAGGAGCUGCAGACUCCCACCGAUAAGCGUAUCUUUGUUUUGGCGUCUGCGUUCAAAGCCGGAUACUCUGUGGACCAGCUGUACGAGCUCACAAAGAUCGACCGCUGGUUCCUGCACAAAAUGAAAAACAUCGCUGACCACGAGCGGCUGCUGGAGAACUACAGCCAGGAUGAGAGCACCAUACCUAUAGAUGUGAUGCGUAAAGCAAAGCAGCUGGGCUUCUCAGACAAGCAGAUAGCUCUGGCUAUACAGAGUACCGAGCUGGCAGUCAGAAAGCUGCGUCACGAUUACUCCAUCCUGCCUGUGGUGAAGCAGAUAGACACGGUGGCGGCAGAGUGGCCAGCCCACACCAACUAUCUGUACCUGACCUACCACGGCACAGAGAACGACCUGAGCUUCAGCGAGCAGCACGUCAUGGUCAUCGGCUCAGGCGUGUACCGCAUCGGCAGCAGUGUGGAGUUCGACUGGUGUGCGGUUGGAUGCAUCACGGAGCUGCGGAAGAUGGGUUAUAAGACCAUCAUGGUGAACUACAACCCUGAGACCGUCAGUACGGACUAUGACAUGUGUGACCGCCUCUACUUCGACGAGAUCUCCUUUGAGGUGGUGAUGGACAUCUAUGAGUGCGAGAACCCAGAGGGGGUGAUCCUCUCCAUGGGAGGCCAGCUGCCCAACAACAUCGCCAUGUCGCUGCACCGCCAGCAGUGCCGCAUCCUGGGAACGUCGCCCGAGUUCAUCGACAGCGCAGAGAACAGGUUCAAGUUCUCCAGAAUGCUGGACACCAUCGGGAUCAGCCAGCCGCAGUGGAAGGAGCUUUCAGACACCGAGUCUGCUGUGAAGUUUUGCGAGACGGUCGGAUAUCCCUGCCUGGUCCGUCCCUCCUACGUUCUCAGCGGAGCGGCCAUGAACGUCGCUUACGGCGACAGCGACCUUGAGAAAUACCUAAGCAGCGCUGUAGCCGUGUCCAAAGAACAUCCUGUUGUCAUUUCUAAAUUCAUACAAGAAGCAAAGGAGAUCGAUGUGGAUGCGGUGGCCUGUGACGGGGUGGUGAUGGCCAUAGCGAUUUCUGAGCACGUGGAGAACGCUGGCGUCCACUCCGGUGAUGCCACCCUGGUGACCCCUCCUCAGGAUCUCAAUCAGAAAACUAUUGAAAGGAUCAUGAUGAUAGUUCACUCCAUCGGCCAGGAGCUGCAGGUCACAGGACCCUUUAACCUGCAGCUGAUUGCCAAGGAUGACCUGCUGAAGGUGAUUGAGUGUAAUGUCCGAGUUUCCCGCUCCUUCCCCUUUGUGUCAAAAACGCUUGGAGUGGAUCUUGUUGCCCUGGCAACCCAAGUCAUCAUGGGAGUUGAAGUAGAGCCAGUGGGUCUAAUGCGUGGAAAAGGGAUCGUGGGGGUUAAGGUUCCCCAGUUCUCCUUCUCUCGGCUCGCUGGGGCUGACGUGGUGCUCGGGGUGGAGAUGACCAGCACGGGGGAAGUUGCCUGCUUUGGGGAGAACAGAUAUGAGGCUUACCUCAAAGCGAUGCUUUCCACAGGCUUCAAGAUCCCCAAGAAGAACAUCCUUCUGUCCAUCGGCAGCUAUAAGAACAAGAGCGAGCUGCUGCCCACCGUGAAGGCUCUGGAGUCUCUGGGGUACGACCUGUACGCCAGUCUGGGAACUGCCGACUUCUACACCGAACAUGGAGUUAAGGUAACGGCUGUAGAUUGGCCGUUUGAGGAGGAUGAAAGCGAUGGUUCCACCAAAGAGAGGCAGCGCAGCAUCAUGAACUACCUGGAGGAGAACCACUUCGACCUGGUCAUCAACCUCUCCAUGAGGAACAGCGGCGGCAGAAGGCUGUCCUCCUUCGUCACUAAGGGAUACAGGACCAGGCGAAUGGCUGUGGACUACUCCGUUCCACUCAUCAUCGACAUCAAGUGCACCAAGCUCUUUGUUCAGGCUCUUCGCCAGGUUGGUCGCUCUCCACCUGUGAAAACUCACAUCGACUGCAUGACCUCCCAAACACUCGUCCGUCUGCCUGGUCUGAUCGAUGUCCAUGUUCACCUACGAGAACCCGGUGCCACCCAUAAGGAGGACUUCUCCUCCGGCACGGCCGCCGCUCUAGCAGGAGGUGUAACUCUGGUGUGUGCGAUGCCCAACACGUCCCCCGCCGUCACAGACCCGAGCACUCUGGCGCUGGUUCAGACGCUUGCCAAGGUGGGCUGUCGCUGUGACUACGCCCUGUAUUUGGGUGCAGCUUCAGACAACGCCACCAUUCUGCCGUCCAUUGCAAACCAGGCUGUAGGUCUGAAGAUGUACCUGAACGACACGUACUCCACCCUCAAGAUGGACAACGUCUCUCUGUGGAUGGAGCACUUUGAGAACUGGCCAAAGCACAUGCCCAUUGUAGCUCAUGCUGAGAAGCAAACUGUGGCCGCCAUCCUGAUGGUGGCGCAGCUCUAUCAGCGCCCCGUCCACAUCUGCCAUGUGGCCAAAAAGGAGGAGAUCCUGGUCAUCCGAGCUGCUAAGCAGAAGGGCAUCCAGGUGACCUGUGAGGUGGCUCCCCAUCACCUCUUCCUGUGCGAGGAAAACGUGGGGGAGAUCGGUGAGGGACGAGCACAGGUCCGACCCAUGCUGGGAACUCAAGAGGACAUGGAGGCACUGUGGGAAAACCUGGACGUUAUCGACUGCUUUGCUACGGAUCACGCGCCUCACUCUGUAGAGGAGAAGAACUCUGAGCGUCCUCCUCCUGGUUAUCCCGGCCUGGAAACGAUGCUGCCGCUGCUGCUGACCGCCGUCAGCGAUGGGCGUCUUACUCUGGAUGACAUCAUCAGACGUCUCUAUGACAACCCCCGCAAGAUUUUCAACCUGCCUGUCCAGGAAAAUACCUAUGUGGAGGUUGAUUUGGAGCAAGAGUGGGUCAUUCCUCAGUCCAUGCAGUUCACCAAGUCCAAGUGGACCCCUUUCCAAGGCCUGAAGGUGAAGGGUAAAGUCCUUCGCGUCGUCCUCAGAGGAGAGGUGGCCUACAUCGACGGACAGGUUCUGGUGCCUCCUGGUUACGGUGAGGAUGUGAAGACCUGGCCUGCUUCGUCCCUCCACUCAGCUGAACCGGUUAAAGACACCCCACUGUCUCCAGAGCGGCCGCGUCCGACCCCUCCCCGGGAAGGACCCGUCCGAACCAGACCUCCAAGUCCGAGACGCGCUCCAGGAGAGUCCCGUUUCCUGCUGCCACAGAGAGUCCACCGUUCCUCUGAUCCUGGACUCCCACCAGAUUUGACGAUGGUUCCACCCCUCAGUUCUGGAGAUGGUUACAGCCACCCUCCGCCUCUGUCCAGGCUGCUCUCCCCUUUGUCCGAGUCCAAACAGAUGACGCCCGCACAGGUGCCACACUUCCAGACGUCCCCCCUGCUUCACCCACUGGUGGGCCAGCACAUCCUGACCGUCAGCCAGUUCAGUAAAGAGCAGAUGUCUCACCUGUUCAAUGUCGCCCACACUUUGAGAUUGUUGGUUCAGAAAGAGCGAAGCCUGGAAAUCCUGAAGGGCAAAGUGAUGGCAUCCAUGUUCUACGAAGUCAGCACUCGCACCAGCAGCUCCUUCGCAGCAGCAAUGCAGCGUUUAGGUGGCUCCGUCGUUCAUUUCAGCGAUUCCACCUCUUCGUCCCAAAAGGGAGAGUCACUGGCAGACUCUGUUCAGACCAUGAGCUGCUACGCUGACGUCCUGGUGCUCAGACACCCGUCUCCUGGAGCUGUGGAGAAUGCAUCGCGCCACUGUCGUAAACCCGUGAUCAACGCGGGGGACGGCGUCGGGGAGCAUCCCACCCAGGCCCUGCUGGACGUCUUCACCAUCAGGGAGGAGCUCGGGACGGUCAACGGGAUGACGAUCACGAUGGUCGGAGACCUGAAACAUGGCCGCACCGUUCACUCUCUAGCCAAGCUGCUGACUCAGUACCGCAUCACUCUGCGCUACGUGGCGCCUAAAAAUCUCCACAUGCCUGCAGAGAUCAUCAGCUACGUGGCUUCGAAGGGCAUCAAGCAGGAGGAGUUUGACAGCAUCGAGGAGGCUCUGCCUGAGACAGACGUCCUGUACAUGACCAGGAUCCAGAAGGAGAGGUUUGGAUCUGAGGAGGAGUACAAAGCUUGUUUUGGUCAGUUCAUCCUCACUCCUCACAUCAUGACUGUUGCUAAAAAGAAAAUGGUGGUGAUGCAUCCUCUUCCCAGGGUCAAUGAAAUAAGUCCAGAGGUGGAUUCAGACCCCAGAGCUGCAUAUUUCCGUCAGGCUGAGAACGGCAUGUACAUCAGAAUGGCCUUGCUGGCCACCGUACUGGGCAGAUAAAUCCUUCCUAUGGUUACUUGCUGCACAACUGGUCAAAAUCUGAAAACCUGCAAUGCAAUAUUUCCAUUUUCUUUCCCAAUAAAUCUGAGAAGAUUUCUCUAAUUAAAGAUGUAACGGUAGAAACAUGUUAUACAUUACAACUUUGGUUAAGUUUAUAGAUGCUGCUUUCAUGUCUCACUGCUAAUUCUCACAUUCCACCUUCAUAAAAAAAAAACCUUUGGAGAUUUGUGUCAUUGAGCCCUGCUGGCCACCGUACUUGGUUAAUAUAACCAUCUUCUGUUUAUCUGUGUGACAGCUAAUAAGUCUGAAAACCUUCAAUGCAAUAUUUCCAUGUUCUGUCCUGAAGAACUAAAGGUUUUGAAGAAAUUACAGAAUAAUCAUGUUACAAUUUCAGUUCUUAGGUCCUGCUUCAAUGUUUUAGUGCUACUCAAGUUUAAGUUUCAGAAAUGUUUUUUUUUUUUUGCCUACAAAAAUCCUUAGAUUUCCGUUUCCCUGAGCCGUUUGGUGAACCAGGUUAGGACUGUUUUAAAGGAAAUUAUGAGGGCAUUCAAAUUAUUUUUUUAUGCUUAUGAGAUGUACACUUGUUUGGGCUAGAAAAAGUUUUGCAUAAAGGGACCAGUUAGGAUGUUAUCGAGGGAAACACGGUUGCUCUAAUUCGUUUAAGUUCCAGUUUUACCGGUUCUACUCAAUAAUCAAUAUCAUCAAUAAUGUCAGUAAUGAUAGUUGUUGGAAAAUACUUUUUUCCUGCUGGAAUAUUCCUUAAACUCAUAUCAGUGGAAAUGGAAGAGCACAUGUGGUCUCUAACCAUUCCUUGCGUUUAUGGGUGUUUGCUGUAACUUGACGUUUCUUGUACUGUAACUGCUUAAAAAACGGCUUUUCUUAGUCAUUUGGUUGUCUGACAGUGAACUGUUGUUAAAGAACCUAAAAUAUGGAAAAUAAAGAUUUUUUUCC